GCAUCCGUAUCUUUUGUACAACAUUAAUUCCAGUUCCCUUGUCCCCUCACUGUCUCUCCUUAAGUGUUACUUUCAUCCUACUGCAAUAGUUCUUUCAUUACACUCGACUGUAUCCUAAUUUCAACUUGGUUGUCUGAGCUUAUGCGAAAUAUAAACUCGCCUGGUUCAGUUUGAUCUCUCAAUGCUUACCAGCGUUCUGUGAUUCUACCAGAUCCGUGCCGGAUCAUGCGUCUCUCACAAUGUCUUCUCUCUGCAGCCUACCUCUACACCGGCGUCAAUGCCUUCAUCCCUUACAGUUUUAAGAUCGGCUUGAAGACCGGCUCCGUUGAUAGUCCCCAACGCCGGUUUGUGCCUGUGAAGAUGCUCUCGGGCGACAUAUCUAGCGAAACGCAACAUGAUGAAGAGGGCGAGGGCGAUUCAGGGUCGGGCGACAGCCUUCUGAGUCUGGAUAUCAAGACUCAUGUUCGCCGUGAUAACAUAUACAAAGUCGUCCUAGCCGAUAAACCCACGUCGCAAAAUACAGUCGCUCUGCAUCAAGAUGGGCUCGACUACUCGUACUUUUCGACAGUGAACAUUGGGACCCCGGGGCAGCCGGUAUGGAUGAUGUUGGAUACGGGAGGUGCGAAUACCUGGGUGUUUGGGGCAGACUGCACGUCUGAACCCUGUCAGAUGCAUAAUACCUUUGGCGAUAAUUCCUCAUCGACUGUGAAAACGACGAGUGAUACUUUCAUGGUGGGAUACGGGUCGGGUAAAGUCAGCGGGAAUCUUGUUACGGAUCGCCUCAAGAUUGCUGAUAUCGAUGUACAAAUGACCUUUGGGUUGGCGACUAAUGCGACGGACGACUUUCGGGAUUACCCCAUAGACGGAAUUCUAGGGCUUGGUCGGUCCAAUGAUACUUCCAUGGGCGGCAGGCGUGCGUUCAUGGACCUGGUCACGCAAGAGGGGGAUCUUGAUUCCAACAUUGUUGGUUUCCACAUGUCCCGCAACUCGGACGGAGAAAGAAAUGGGACUGUCACGUUUGGUGGUGUUGAUAAGACCAAGUUCGAGGGUGACAUCUCGUACACUAACGUUGUUGAGUCAAGCAUCCAUUGGAGUAUUCCUUUGGAUGACGCGAGCGUGAAUGGCGAAUCCUGCGGGUUCAUGGGCAAGACAGCCAUCAUCGACACAGGGACCUCGUACUCACUGUUUCCACCGGACGAUGCAAAGACCAUACAUUCACUCAUUCCAGGCUCGAAGCAACUUUCGGACGAGAACUACCUUGUCCCAUGCGACUCGACAGCUAAAGUGCAAUUCACCUUUUCCGGUGUGAGCUACACCAUGUCUCCAAAGGAUUAUAUUGGAGCAAACCUGGAAUCCGGUGACGGCUGUGUCUCUACCAUUAUUGCCCAGGCCAUAUUUGGUGACGAUGUCAUGAUACUCGGCGACACCUUUCUCAAAAACGUAUACAGUGUUUUUGACUUUGAUAAUGACCGCAUCGGCUUUGCGCAGCUUCCUGGAUCUGAUUCACCUACCACGAGCACAACGACGGCGACAGUUGCGACGCCCACAGACACAUUCUCUACUGAGUCCGACUCGGACUCCACUGAUUCAUCAACUUCCACUUCUACGGACCCUACCGGGACGUCUGCUGAGUUUACUGGCACGGGAUCGACGGCUAAAGUUCCUGCUUUCUUCUGGCCCGUGGCCACUCUUCUAUUCUUGUAUUUAGCGGCCUUCUUGUAGGCUCAAUUUCUAUUUUACAUACCCCAGCGACGCCCCCAGCCGUCGCAGAAUUUU